AUGUUGAAGUCGACCUACAAGCCCGCGCCUGCGGCACCUGCCCCGCCCCCCUUGCCUCCGGGCUGGACUGAGCACAAGGCUCCCUCAGGCCACACCUACUACUACAAUGCCGAGACUAAAAAGUCGACCUAUCAACGCCCUGUCGCCGUCCCCGAGCCCGUUCAACCACAGCCUCCAGUCCACCAGCCUUAUGACCAAAACGCUUUUCCCGGCGCGCCGUACCAGGCCGGCUUCCCUGCGCAAUACCAGCAGCAAUUCCCUGUCCCACACCACGGCGGCCGCGGCGGCUUCCGCGGUGGCCAUGGUUACCAGGACCGUCGUCGCCACCAGCCCGAGGAUAGGCCCAAGCACAAGUAUGCGAUCCCGGACUGUGCGCCGUGGGUGCUCGUCAAGACGAAGCUGGGGCGACGGUUCGUGCACAAUCCGGACACGAAGGAGAGCUUCUGGAAGUUCCCCCCAGAUGUGAUGAAAGGCGUUAUAGAGUUCGAUCGCAUUGAGCGGGAGAAGAAGGAACGGAUAGAUCGUGGCGAGCCGAGUGAUCUUGAGGAUGAGGAGGCUGCAGCUGCUGAGCUGGCGGCUGCUGAUGAGCGCGAGGGCAGUGGUGUGCGUCCCUCGGUGACGCCUGCAGCAGACAAUAAAGGCUACGACAGCGAGGAGUAUGAAGAGGUUGAAGUCACAGAUGAGGAAGACGCUGAAGAAGAAGACGGGCCCUCGAAACGACAGAAGACUGGGGAAGAAGGUGAAGAGGCUGUUGAGUUUGACGAGGAUGAUAUUGCGUGGCAACUUCAGGCCAUGGGUGAAGAUUAUGGUCUGGACCCCGGCGAGUACGGCGAUGUUGGCGAGGACCUGCCAGAGGGCGCAGAAGGUCUGCCGUUGACCGACGAGGACGCCAAGGCCCUCUUCAGGGACCUACUUGACGAUCACAACUGCAAUCCCUUCUCCACCUGGGACAAAAUCAUCGAUGAAGGCCGCAUCAUCGAGGAUGACCGCUAUACUGCUCUCACCACUAUGAAGGCUCGGAAGGAAACUUGGGAGGAAUGGUCUCGCGAUAAAGCACAGGCGCUCAAGGAGCAACGCGAGAAGGCCGCAAAGGAAGACCCUGCAAUCCCCUAUCUUGCGUUCCUACAAAAAUAUGCCACGCCAAAGCUCUACUGGCCCGAGUUCCGCCGCAAGUACAAAAAAGAGCCCGAGAUGAAGAACCCGAAGCUUCUCGACAAGGACAGGGAAAAGUGGUACCGCGAGCAUAUCAGCCGCCUCAAGCUUCCCGAGAGCACCCGCAAAUCCGAUCUGUCUAGCCUCCUUAAAUCUCUGCCCGUCACCCAGCUCAAUCGCUCGACAUCGCUGGCUAACCUGCCAUCGGCGCUCUUGCGUGAUCUGCGAUUUAUUUCUCUGCCAACCUCUUCCACAGAAGAAUUGGAAGAGGCAGAACGGAAAAAGCAGGAUCGUGAACGGAGAGAAAAGGCCCUGGCGGAUCGUGAGAAGAGGGUACAAGAAGAAAAGAGGAGACAGCAGAGAGAUUUGGCUUAUGGAAAGGGCAGACUCAGAGAGGAAGAGGAGGAACUGAGAAGGGCUAUGAAGAUCGGCAAGGAGGGUUUGAGGGCGCAGCUAGGUGAUCUAGGGGAGAAGGAGGACGACAAAGAGGAGGCAAAAGCUGAGUAG